AUAAGUUAUUCGACUACUGUUUGGACUGUGACUUUUUAUUCAAUGGCAAAACGUCAGCAUAGGCAUGAAAUCUAGAUUGGGUCAACUGUAUGUGAAGCCAAGGUUUCAAGUAACAGAGCUAUUUUUAAUCCUGCACUGGUUACUGAAGGAAAGGAAGGCGAUACGAUUAUUGACAUAAAUGGGCGGGGUAAUUUAGCUGCAUGUGUGUUCACUGCACGUUUUCCCUGCCAUAGGGACUGUGGUGGUGGUGAGGAUGAUGAGGUUCUGACACAUCCGCUUCGAGGAUCAUCAACGCGCCUAAUCUUCAGCUCACCAGACUUGUCUGUGUAAGGGCAUUAAGGUUGAAACAUCUGACCAUUCUCCUUGCUGAUGCAGUAUAUAUAACACUUUAGUAUCUGACCUAGUGUAUGGAUCUAUUGUAAUAACACUAGUACCUACAAAAUUUAAAUGAAAUUACUACAUAUAUUAAAUGAAACAUUAAGUUAUUUUUCCUCUGUGAAUGCAGGACCCAAUGGACCUGUGAUUAUGAUUAUUCAAAACUUAUCUUCCUUCAAGAUACACACACAUAUAGUCACAUAUAUGUGAGCAUAUAGUUAGAGAUGCUGCAGUUAAGCACAAUUACAGACUGUCUGCUGAUCAGUAAUGCCCGGUCAGCCUGUAACAAUGAACUCAUCCAGAAGGAAGCGAUCACUCUUUGUAUUAAUGUUUCCAAGCAGCAACCCUUUCCCUCUAUGUGGGUAAGCACUUUGCGUGUACCUGUAUAUGAUUACCCUCAAGAAGACCUGUACAAGUAUUUUGACUGCUGUGCUGAUGCCAUAGCCAGUGAGGCAGAACGAGGUGGCCGCACUGUUGUGUACUGUAAGAAUGGACGCAGUCGCUCAGCUACUGUCUGUGUGGCCUAUUUAAUGAAGCACCAGGGUCUCACCUUGACCGAUGCCUUCCAGGUAGUAAAAAGUGCUCGAUCAGUAGUUGAGCCUAACCCGGGAUUCUGGACUCAGCUGGAGCGAUAUGAACAGGAUCUGAAGAUCAGGAGGUCAGCCAGCCACAGAUCCAACCUCCCUACACUUUAACUUCAUACCAACAUUUUCUGAUAUGACAUUCUCAACCUUCAGGGCUUAAUAAUAGCUAAGGCCUUAAGUGACGUGUCACUGUUCAAGUUUGUUGCAAAUUAUGAAUCCCUUAUAAUAAUAAUAA